GUUGGAUUUCAGCUAGCUGCCCUUGCCCACGCCAACUGACUGGUUACUUGCGCGAUUGAAUUGCGUGCCACAAGGUGAAAAUCUCCUUGCUUGAGCUAAACUGCAGCAAAGCGAAGAACAUCUUGUCUGAGACAAGUUGAGCUUCGACGUUGUGCUUCGACCAGCCAAAUAGCGUUUCGGGUUUGCACAAAAUAAAAAAUAUUGUUACUUGGACUGUGGGAUAGGCUCUGAGGUUCGCACUCCGAUUACAUUCAGCGGCGGAGGAUUUUAGUUCAGUGGAAACUGGUGCCCAUCGGCAUUGGCACAUUUCGAUUGCUUUGGCGGGCCGGUACUCCGUCGAGGUCUGGAAACUAACUUAGUGCGAGGCGAAUGCUCGGAAGCUGGAGCCACACGCACACCUUCGUAUCCAUUGACAUUGUCCUUGAGAGGUGCUCAAGUGUCCGUGUUGUGGCCAGUCUGCUCGGCUAGUCCCGUUAUUCCCAAACACCCAUCCCGUCACUUCAUAGCACAGAAUGGCUACGUUGGUAAGCAUCGCCGGCCCAAUGCUGAUGCUGCCGCUCCUGCUGCUGCUUCUGGCAACCAGUUUGAAUGCUCAGAGUAGCAGUGACCGGCUGAAGGUGGUAGAUCCGGACUCUCAGCCUAACCGCGUCGACUACGUACUGCUGCAAGCGUUCUGCCAGCGCCAGGACGUCACCACCCAGUGCCCGUCUGGCGUCCAGUACUGCGCUGGCGACACGGAAUGCCCGCUCAGGUAUGUCUGCUCGUGCGGACAGGGCUGUGGUCAGCUGACAUGCAUGCUGCCACCCAAUGUGCAAGUUUGCACAUCGCACCCGAUCCCGAGAGAUGGAUUUACGCUCAAUCGAGUCAACAGCGUGGAGUUCUUCUGCGACGAAGGCUUCGAACUGAGCGGUGCCCAGCGCAAGACCUGCCGCCAAGGCGCCUGGUUCCCGGCUGAUGACUUUCCGCGAUGCGUGCCAUCAUUUUGUCCAGCGGACAACGACUUGGUCAAUGGCUCUACUAUGUACGAACCUGCCAACGAGAAGCAACGCUACAACACCACCGCCACUCACAGAUGCGAUAUAGGAUUCACCUUGGUCGGUACCCGUGUGAGAACUUGCCGCUCUGAUGACACUUGGAGCGCACCGAUGCCCGAGUGCAAACGUGACGGCUACUGGACGGAUUUCUCCGAUUGGAGCGAGUGCGAUGCCCAGUGUGACCGCGGACUGCAGACACGGUCGCGCACCUGCGUUCCACCUGAAGAAGGAGCACGGGCAUGUCCCGAACGAGACAUUUCCGAGAUCAGAGUCUGCGACACGGGAAAGCAAUGCGAAACUGCCCGGCUUGGCUGCUUCACGCAGCCGCCGUGGAACCCGGACCGGCCCGUAACGCGCGUGGACUUCACGCACGCGCAGCUGGACCGCGUGCACCGUUGCCUGCACCGCUGCCGUCGCCACGGCACUACCUACGCCACCGUGCACGGCCAGAUGAACUGCUGGUGCUUCGACGAGUACCGCGUCGACGGCGUGGUGCCCAACUGCCAGAGCUCUUCGCAGCUGUACGAAGUCUUCCCUGUACCGCAGGCUGUCGGUUGCUACCGUCAAGUGCAGACGGUUGUUGCCGAGGAGGUUCCCACCACAAUCUAUGUCCGGCAGCGGUUCACUACGAAGUGCGGCUGGUGGGGCUGGAGUCGCUGUACCCGAUUCAGAUCCAUCCCGCAGCCAUCAACAAUCACUCGUUAUCGUUUCAAUACCAAGACGGUGAAGUGCUGAGGAGACGGAGGACGGGACGGUUGCGUACACUUGGAACCGCUGCUCCGUCAACUGUAGCGAUAGUUUCGAAUCCCCGAAUCAGGGAAAUGCUGCAGCGCCCCAGCGCUUGUGUAUAUGUAUGCUUGUGACUAGUAGAUCAGUACAGGGGCUCAGUGAACACGAGCUAACAUUCAUGAUGGUAACUCUCCGCGUGUCGUGUCGGCUCCAUGAAAUCCGUCUAUAUUCGCCCACGAGAGCGAUUCCCCUUGCUAUUUCUCGAUCAGCCAAUGCGUUGUAGUGCUUGGGUCUCUUCGAUGGCAUGCCAAGAUUCCCCUUGCUCCUUUUCGGGCGGCCAUGGUAAUAUAUGGGUGGCUUCGAGGGCACGCCAAGCUAGUGCUUCAUUAUUAAGCUCAAUACUGAUAGGCUGUACUAAACAAUAUCCUUGAUACAAGUACAAGGAGACAACAAACUAGAAUUGUUCUAUAAUGCUGAUAAAUGAUACUAUUGUAGCAGUACUCCCCCCUCCCAAACAUAUAUAUAUUUUAUUAGAAGAUAUGUGCAGAGCGCAGUGACUUCAAGUGUCAGUUUGAGCACUCUGGCAAGGUGAGCUCAGGCCUGAUUUAAAUCUGGCCUUGGAAAUUAACUUCUCAUUGCCAUCAGGUUUGGCCUCAUUCUCGCUUUGCUGCUGCGCUGAAGAGUCCACAAAGGACUUUCCCAGAAAAGAAUCACUUUACAGAGACAAAAAGCAAUUGAAAUCUGA